ACGGUUCGAACACAGUAGAAUUGAUGGUAGACCCACUUAAAGUUCGUACAAACUUUUUUACAAGUCGUUCAGAGAAUCACUUACCUUUAGCCUUAACCUCAAAAAACAAUGAAUAGAUUUGAAUACAUUGAAGCUCGAUUCUUCCCGAAUGAGAAAUAUGUACGUUGUGAUGUCAGCGUACGCUUAUAUGAUGGCGACAACAAGACAAGCUUUGAAGGUGGUGAAUUAGUACUUACAACCCACAGAAUUCUUUGGGGAAAACCUGGUGACAUAUCUGAUGGUCAAACAUGCCUUUCGCUAUCACUUUGUCAUAUUAUUUUCUUUGAAGAAGAAGCUCCUGGUCCAUUUUCUUUCGGACGUAGAAAAAAAGUUAUUAUACACCUCUCUGAGGCUCCAGGUGAUAAGAUGCCUGGACCAUUGGAUAAUAGCAUUUAUAGUUACAUAAAGUUAUCAUUCAAAGAAGGAUUAGAUCCAAACUUUGUUCUACAUUUAUCUGAUGCUAUUAUGAGACGAAUGUGGGAGUUAAUGCCUAUUACACCGAUAAUUUAUUCUACUACUGAUAUGCAAAAUAGUCGGAGCAAUGCCAAACCACUUCCACAAAUAAAAACCAGAACAGGCAUCAUAGGAAUAGAAAGAAGUCUUCGAGAAAAACAAAAAGCGACAGAUGAUAGUAUAUCAAUGGCUUUCCAAGAUCUGAAGAAGCUUAUGGAAAUGGCCAAAGACAUGGUUUCCAUAUCGAAAACCAUCUCAACGAAAAUACGGGAGAGACAAGGAGACAUCACGGAGGAUGAAACAGUCAGAUUUAAAUCCUACUUAAUGAGUCUUGGCAUUGAUGACCCUGUAACUCGAGAUGCAUACAAGAGCAGUAAUGAAUAUUUCAAGCAGUUGGCAAAACAACUGGCAAAUAUCUUGGAAGAACCUGUUAAAGAAGUUGGUGGAAUGAUGACAUUAACAGAUGUUUAUUGUCGUGUAAACAGAGCUAGAGGCAUGGAGCUUUUGUCACCAGAGGAUCUAUUAAAUGCCAGUAGACAAUUAGCACCUUUAGGUUUACCUAUAGUAUUAAGAAUUUUUGAUAGUGGAGUUAUGGUCCUUCAAAUUCAAUCUCAUAAUGAUAUUGCUAUAGUUGAUGUCAUUGCAAACUUGAUAAAGGACAGAGGGUCUCUAACAGCAGAAGAACUUGCACAAUCAGAAGGUAUAUCUGUUCUUCUAGCUCGUGAACGAUUAUUAGUUACAGAAAAAUAUGGUAAAGCAUGUAGGGAUGACACAAUUGAAGCUUUAAGAUUUUAUCCUAAUUUAUUUUUGGAGGGAAAUGACUAA